AUGAGGUGUGUGGCCCGGGCCUGGCUGAGGGGCGUGUCCCUGCUCCUGGUGCUCCAGAGUGCUGUUUCCAUGGUGAUGCUUCAAAACUCCACAGGCAUGGGUCAGUUUCUCGACAAGUAUCUGGAUGAAGAUGGGGACUGGUGGAAGGCCAAGCAGAGAGGGAAGAGGGCCAUCACUGACAGUGAUGCUCAGCUCAUCCUGGACCUUCACAACAAGCUCCGAGGCCAGGUCUACCCUCCAGCUUCCAACAUGGAGUACAUGGUGUGGGACACAGAGCUGGAGCGGACGGCUGAGGAGUGGGCAGAGACCUGCCUGUGGGAGCAUGGCCCUGCCGGAUUAUUGCCCCAGAUAGGACAGAACCUGGGCGCCCACUGGGGAAGGUAUCGUCCACCUACAUUCCAUGUGCAGGCCUGGUAUGAUGAGGUGAAAGACUACUCCUUCCCUUACCCCCAGGAGUGUAACCCCUACUGCCCAUUCAGAUGCUCCGGCCCGGUCUGCACUCAUUACACACAGCUGGUGUGGGCCACCAGCAGUCGUAUAGGCUGCGCCAUCAACCUGUGUUACAACAUGAAUGUGUGGGGGCAGAUUUGGGCCAAGGCUGUCUAUCUUGUCUGCAACUACUCGCCAAAGGGAAACUGGUGGGGCUAUGCCCCUUACAAGCAUGGAACACCUUGCUCCGCUUGUCCCCCCAGCUAUGGAGGAAGAUGCAAAGACAACCUCUGCUACAAAGUUGAAGAUGAUGGCUCGCACACUCAAGAGGAAACGGAAGAAAACAACUUCAUAGAGCCAGAAGCCCCUCGUACCCCGCAGAAGCCCCGGCCCCGGGCCCCCAAGCCAGAGAAGUUUGAGCCUCCCAGUCUUCCUACCCCAGCCCCCACCAAGCCCCCCACAGAGGAAAAGAAUGAAGUGGUCAACACACAGCAGAUGUCUCAGUUUGUGACCUGCGACACCAAGCUACGAGAUCAGUGUAAAGGAACACCGUGCAAUAGGUAUGAAUGCCCAGCUGGAUGCCUAGAUGCUACAGGAAAAGUAGUUGGAACUGUGUACUAUGAAAUGCAAUCUAGUGUGUGCAGAGCUGGCCUACACGCCGGUGUCAUAGACAAUGAUGGAGGUUGGUUGGAUGUAACGAGACAAGGAAGAAAGGACUUCUUCAUCAAAUCCAACAAGAAUGGAGUCCAGUCUGUAGGGAAAUAUCAGAGUGCUAAUGCCUUCAUCGUCUCCAGAGUAACAGUGAAAGCCAUCACAUGUGACACCACAGUUGCACAGCUGUGUCCAUACCAAAGGCCUGUAAAGCAUUGUCCAAGAUUAUACUGCCCAAGAAACUGUAUUGAAGAGAAUCCUCAGAUAUCCCGAGUAAUUGGCACCAGAAUAUACUCUGAUAAAUCCAGUAUCUGCCGGGCAGCGGUCCACGCUGGAGUGAUCAGGAACGAUGUGGGUGGUUACAUCGAUGUGAUGCCGGUGGACAAGCGGAAACAGUACAUUGCCUCGUACCAAAACGGCAUUUUCUCCGAGAGCCUCCAGAACCCUCCUGGAGGGAAGGCGUUCCGGGUGUUCGCUGUGAUUUGA